CUUCUAUUCUUUGCGUACUUUACAUUUUCUCUUUCUCUCUCUAACUAUUCAACAACAGUAUCUACAACAUUUUCCAUAAAGCACUAUCAACACUCAACACACAUUCCCUUUUCUCUUCUCUCUUCAAAAUCCCCAAAUUACUUGCCCUAGAUUCUCUCUCCUCGCCGAUUUUGGAUCCUCGAUUCCAUAAAAUUCUCUUCCUUUGUUCUUCCAUGGACUCCGAGGAUGAUAUGCACGAUGCUAACGACGUGGAGUCCCUUGAAGACGAUGACGAUUUCUACAGUGGUGACACGGAGGAUGCUUCCAUGGAUUAUUACAGCGAUUACGAUGACGAUGCCGGUGAUUACUUCGAUGAUGCUGAUAAGAUUGAGUCUCGUCGCCCUGAGCAAAAUUUUACCAUCUUGAAGGAAUCCGAUAUCCGAGUAAGACAGGAAGAUGACAUCACUAGAGUAGCAGCUGUUCUUUCUCUAUCAAGAGUUUUUGCAAGUAUACUACUUCGUCACUACAAUUGGAGCGUCAGUAAAGUGCAUGAUGCAUGGUUUGCUGAUGAAGAGCGAGUUCGAAAAGCAGUUGGCUUGUUGGAAAAGCCAGUUGUACAGUCUCCUAAUGCUAGAGAGCUUACAUGUGGCAUCUGUUUUGAAAACCAUCCUCGUUCUGUGAUUGAAAUGGCUUCUUGUGGUCAUCCAUAUUGUUUCACAUGCUGGGAAGGAUAUAUCAGUACAUCCAUUAAUGACGGUCCUGGAUGUUUGAUGUUGAGAUGUCCUGAACCCACUUGUGGUUCUGCUAUUGGUCAAGAUAUGAUUAAUCUAUUAGCAUCUGAGGAAGAUAAACAAAAGUAUGCCCGUUAUCUUCUUAGAUCUUAUAUUGAAGAUAAUAAAAAGUCAAAGUGGUGUCCUGCUCCUGGUUGUGAAUAUGCAGUUACUUUUGAUGCUGGAGGUGGAAACUAUGAUGUCUCUUGCCUCUGCUCAUAUAGCUUUUGUUGGAAUUGCACUGAGGAGGCUCAUCGUCCAGUGGACUGUGGCACUGUGGUAAAGUGGAUUUUGAAAAACAGUGCAGAGUCUGAAAACAUGAACUGGAUACUUGCCAACUCAAAGCCAUGUCCCAAGUGCAAGCGACCAAUUGAAAAAAAUCAAGGGUGCAUGCACAUCACAUGCACUCCACCCUGUAAAUUUGAAUUCUGCUGGCUAUGCCUUGGUGCUUGGUCAGACCAUGGUGAAAGAACUGGUGGUUUUUAUGCUUGCAAUCGUUAUGAAGCAGCUAAGCAAGAGGGAGUGUAUGAUGAUACCGAGAGAAGAAGAGAAAUGGCGAAGAAUUCAUUAGAGAGAUACACACAUUAUUAUGAGCGGUGGGCCAGCAACCAAUCUUCAAGGCAGAAAGCUCUUGCAGAUCUACAUCAAAUGCAAACAGUUCAUAUUGAGAAGCUCAGUGAUACCCAGUGCCAACCUGAGUCACAACUUAAGUUCAUAACUGAGGCCUGGCUACAGAUAGUUGAGUGUAGGAGAGUGCUGAAGUGGACAUAUGCAUAUGGGUACUAUUUACCUGAGCAUGAGCGUGCAAAAAAACAGUUCUUUGAGUAUUUGCAAGGUGAAGCAGAAUCUGGUCUAGAGAGACUUCAUCAAUGUGCUGAAAAAGAACUACAACAGUUUCUCAGUGCUGAUGGCCCAUCUAAAGAAUUCAAUGACUUCCGUACAAAGUUAGCUGGAUUGACUAGUGUGACAAAAAAUUACUUCGAGAACUUAGUGAGGGCACUAGAGAAUGGUCUAUCUGAUGUGGAUGGUAAUGGAGCUGCCAUCAGCAAAGCAACAAGCUCAAAAAAUGCUGCAGGGAGCAGCAAGGGGAGAACUGGGAGAGGAAAGGGAGCUUUCCGAACCACCAUGACCAGCAGAACGUCUGAUGAUAGUCACUGGUGCUGUGACCAUUGUACCUCUACAAAUGUCAGAUCUGCCACUGUAUGCCAGAUUUGCAAUCAACGUCGAUGAAAAUUUGGGUUGUCCAUUUGAAAUACUUGUUGCUGCUGCUGGUGGCCGCUGCACUUAAGGCUGAGAUGGGGUUAUUACUCACUUAUUGUAUGCUGGCUCCAAUAUGUCAAGAGGAUGGAGGGAUUAAGCCAUUGCAUAAAGAUUUCCCUCCUUGCACUCGCAGAUAUUUGAUGUUUAUAGUGUUCUGUGCUGUUUUAACAUUUAAGUAUGGGGUUUCUGUUACAGGCUUUUGUAACUGAAUAUCGCAACAUAACAGAUGCUGGAGAUGAACACAGAUAUUUGUGCUGUUGUUUUUUUCAGUUAGUAUAAGAAACCUAGAGAUAUUUGUGUAUAUAAAACCUCAUGGUUGGUUUGGUCACAUUUUAAAAAAUCGUGAUAAGGAAUGAAAUGAAUCAUGUACCAUAUCACUUGAGAUUUGUAACACCUUUGUGAACUUUGUAUUGUUGCUGUCUUCACAGAAUGGUUGGGCCCUAUUUCAUAAUGCGUCCUUUGAGUCUGAA